GAGCCAUCCAUUGGUGGGUCGUACUGAAAUGGUACUGUACGAGGAUAAUCGUAAGCAGAGUAGUUUCGAGUCCAAAAUCGGCUCCGGCGGGCGGCGGCCGCAUCUCCAUCUCCACCCUUCCUGGAAACACGACCCCUCGAGACAACCAAGGCGAGAGCCCCAAUCUUCUUGGCCCCCUGCCGUUAAAGAAAAUUUACUUCUUCGCCCCACGUUCGUUGACCUGCAAGCUCCGCUCUCCAAUCUCUCUGCUCUUGCGGCAGGCAGCACGGCGGCCAAUGGCGCAGGACGAUCCGGUUGUCUCUGCGCAAUGGCUGCAGCAGCACCUAGGGCAGCCCGAUAUCAAGGUAUUGGAUGCUUCCUGGUACAUGCCACAAGAGAGCAGGGACCCAUGGCAAGAAUACCAGGUGGCCCAUAUUCCUGGUGCGCUGUUCUUCGACAUCGAUGGAAUCGUCAAUCGGGCAACUGAUUUGCCACACAUGCUGCCAUCAGAAGAGGCUUUUGCUGCGGCUGUUUCUGCAUUUGGUAUCAAUAACCAUGAUAAAGUUAUUGUUUAUGAUGGAAAGGGCUUCUUCAGUGCGCCUCGUGUUUGGUGGAUGUUCAGAGUUCUUGGACACGAUAAAGUUUGGGUCUUAGAUGGAGGUUUCCCUCAGUGGCAAGCUUCUGGAUUCAACAUUGCAAGCAGCUGCCCUGAUGAUGCAGUUCUGAAAUCCAAAGCGGCAAAUAAUGCUGUUGAAACAGCUUAUAAUGGUAAAUUGGCAAAUGCUGUCACAUUUCAAACAGAGUUUCGACCUCAGCUAUUCUGGACACUAGAAAAGGUCAAACAAAAUGUAGCUGCUAAGGCUCAUCAAGUAGUUGAUGCCCGAGCAAAGGGCAGAUUUGAUGGUGUAAUGCCAGAACCAAGGGAAGGAGUAAGAAGUGGGCAUAUACCUGGAACUAAAUGUGUUCCAUUCCCUGAGAUGUUUGAUGGUGCACAAACGCUCCUCCCUGCAGAUGAGCUAUCAAAAAAGUUUGAGCAAGAAGGCAUUUUGCUUGAUCACCCGAUUGUCGUCACAUGUGGAUCUGGUGUAACUGCCUGCAUACUUGCCCUGGGCCUCUAUAGAAUCGGUAAGCAUGACGUUCCAGUUUACGACGGAUCUUGGACAGAAUGGGAAGCGCAGCCCGAUAAUGAUUACCCAAAAGUUGCUUCAACUGCCCCUUAAAUCAACCAUUCUGUAGUGAUGAAUGCAGCUGUUGCAUUCUGCGGCAUUCAGCCCAGAUCGUCAGCACAAUGAUACUUCUCUGUGGCAAGCUUUGCACCGAAGUCGCCCAAAAGGUUAUAGGGAAAAGAGAAAUAUCUUUUGUACUAUGGCCAAUGGCUAUAGGCCGAUAAAGAGGAAAUCCUGUGUCGACUUAAUUUAUAAUGAUGUUGUACUUAACAAAAUCUUGACUUGAAAACAAGAUUAUUUGUCUGAAUUGAUUA